AUGGUUCAUGUCAGUUGUCGCUCACUGGCGUACUGCAAUCCAAUAAGCACAAACAACAGCCCGCGACUCAUUAUUAUAUGCACUUGGCUGGGCGGUGCAACGCCGCAUCGUAUCAGGAAAUAUCUAGACGGAUACUCGUCUUUGUAUCCUAGCUCAUCAAUCUUGCUAAUCACCGCACGGUUCCUCGAAAUAGCUGCUCUCCCAUUUAGCGUAUUGCAUGCACGUCUAGCCCCAGCUCGAAAUGCCGUGAUAAAACAUAUCGAGACAGAGACAGAACAGCCUUCGAUUCUGUGGCACAUCUUCUCGCAUGGGGGAUGCAACACUGCUAUACAGAUGGCUCUUAGCUUACACCACCAGCGUAGCGAUAUAGAUCUUUCCAAGCAUAUCGGACUGUUGGUCUUGGAUUGUUGUCCGGGAGACGCUUCAUUCGAGAAUGCGUACAGGGCCGCAGCUUAUUCUCUGCCAAGUGCCUUUCCCGCUCGCGUUGUGGGCCAAACCCUGCUUUAUCCAACCGUGGCGAUAAUCAAUGGCCUUCAAAGCGCGGGUCUGAUGAGAUCGGUGAAGCACUUGCGGGCUCAUCUAAACGACACAGCUGUACUGGGAACCGCAAGGAGGCUUUACCUGUAUUCCAAAGCAGACCAAGUAGUGAGAUGGGAGGACGUGGAGGCUCACAUUGAGAACGCAAGGACGCAACGAAGCCUCCGUGCGCAAGGAGUUGCAUUUCACGGCAGUCCUCAUUGUGCCCUGGUACGGGAUCAUAGUCAUGAGUACUGGCAAACGAUUGCCUCACACUGGGAUGCUCCAGAAGCUGGGAAGUCUCCGGGGCCCAAGCUUUGA